AUGAAUGAAGAGGAGGAGGAGCAGGAAUUUGAAUUCAGGCUUUUUCGAUCAACUGCGCCAGAUGCACUGGGUGGUGAGAAGCAGGAUGGACCCAUUGAUACCGGGGGUGGAAUUGAGAAAGAAGAGACCAGAAAUGUUCCAGCAGUACACAAGAUAAGGGUCAAGCUCCGCUCACCGUCGCCUUCUCGCAGCGCAGAGGGGGGAUUUACCGUCCCUUUCCGAGCAUGGGACUACUACUUCUCCGACCCGGAACUGGUAAUGCGAGUAUUCAAAGAAAGGUUUGGGAAGAGCCCUUCGGGAGCAUGUGAAUUCAUUUCAAAAGAUCCAAAGAAACAAGAACGAAGGCAAAAUUAUCUUGAGGUCGCGGUCACUUCCGACCAAGUUCUUGCGGCUGCGAACUCUGGAGUUUGGCCAGGCUGCCAUCUCCCCUGGCGCGUGAUACACUUCGCCGCUCCCUUCUCAAAAACAUCCAAAGUUCCAUCCCAAACACCAUUAUCGACUACGGACCCAUCACUCAAGCCUAAGAAGAAGAAACCCGGUAAAAAGAGACGGAUCAUGCUUCGCAACCGUGUCGCGGCAAAGGCUGCAGCAGAAGAAGCUGACAGAGAGAAACGGACGAGGCGCAAUCGAGAAAAGAAGAUCAAGCGAAGACAAAGAGAACGAGAGAAGAAGACCGCUUUGCAAACUGUUGAACACGGAACUGGCGUUGACUUAAGCGAAAGUAUGAGCCUAUCUGGGAACGAUAAAUGA